GCAUGUGAAUUGAGGUUAAGAAGCAAGACAAUCUCACCACACAAGCAAGAACUUUCCUUGUUUUCAACUUCUUUUGAGAUCUUCUCUCCACUUCUCCAUUCUCAGCCUUUCUUGAUUUUCCUCUAUACAGAUAUACAACAAUGGGUUUCCGUUUGCCACGAGUAGUUCCCGCAAAGAAAUUUCUUCGGCGAUCUUUCUCCAAUUCAAAUAAAGCGGCUUCAUUCGAUGUCCCAAAAGGCCAUUUUGCAGUUUAUGUUGGAGAGGAUGAAAAGAAGCGGUUUGUAGUUCCCUUGUCACUAUUGAACCAAGCUUUUUUUCAAGACUUGCUAGUUCAAGCUGAAGAUGAAUAUGGAUUUGAUCAUCCAAUGGGGGCUCUAACAAUUCCCUGCAGAGAAGAUGUGUUUCUUGAUCUCAUCUCAAACUUGAAUGCUUCAUGAGAGUGACUAGGAUCAGACAGAU